CAAUAUUUUCUUUUCUUUUUAUUGAAGAUGUACUUUGCCCCAGAAAUAUCUCUGGACAAGAACAGGCCACUGAGGAUGUGCAAGAUCAGGUGGAACAUAAUGAAUCCGAAAAAGACGAUGCACAUUGUUCAAAAAAUAUCUCUGGACAAGAGGAUGCUGCUGAUGGACAAGAUCAAAUGGCACACAAUGGAUCUGAACUAGUGGAGGGCAAUAAAGAAAAUGAUGUAGCUGAGGAGGCUUUAGGUGGAGAGUCUCGCAUGGGAAGACCAAAAAGGCGGACAAACACAGAGACCUGGAAAGUCAACACUCAGAAAAAGAGAAGAAUGAUGGUUCAGUCAUAUCUUGGAAGAAGGCAAAAUGAGGAAGUGACGAGGGAAGAAAGAAAAAUGGGUAGGCCAUGCCAGUCUGUAUUUUGUAGUAAAUCGAAAAAGCUGCACUGUGAAGCAAUACAGGAAGCGGACAGGGAGGCAAUUUUUAAAUACUUCUGGGAAAAAUUAGACUGGAGGGAGAGGAAAAUUUAUGUUGUGUCACUGGUAGAUAUAGGCCCUGUGAGAAGACGAUGGACAGGAGAAGAACAGUCAAGGAGGUCAGCAUCCAUUCUGUGUCACCUUAAAGUGGAUGGCAAAAGGACCAGGGUAUGUCAGAGCAUGUUUCUUUCAACACUAGGGAUCAAGCGGUGGUGCUUUCUAAGUUGGGUUGGCCAGAGAGAGCCUGAAAAGAUAAAGAAAACCAGCAUCAGGAAUGAAGAGGUUGAGUUCCUUCAGCAGUUUCUAAAGGACCUUCCUAAGGUUCCAUCUCAUUACUGCAGAUCUUCCUCUACAAAAAUGUACUUGGAACCUCUUUUUAAAUCCAUCAGUCAUCUUCAUUCUGAAUACACCCAUGCUUGUGCAGAAAAUAAUGUCCAGUCUCUUUCAAGACAAGUAUUCAGUAGCAUUUUUAACAAAUUAAAUCUCUCGCUGUUUCACCCCAAGAAAGAUCAGUGCAAUACGUGCUGUUCAUAUAAAGUUGGAAACAUAGAUGCUGGCACAUGGGAAGAACAUUGCAGGAAGAAGGAGUCAGCAAGAGUGAGCAAGCAGGAAGAUAAAAACAAUGCAACUGAGAAAACAAUGGUGGUGUGUAUGGAUCUGCAGGGUUUACUUCUUUGCCCCAAACUUCAAGCCUCAGCACUCUACUAUAAAACCAAGCUUGGUGUCCACAACUUCACAAUGUACAACAUGGCAACCCAUGAUGCUACUAAUUAUUUGUGGCAUGCUAAUGCUAAUGAAUUUGCUUCAUGUAUCAUCCACUUCCUUGAGGAACACAGCAUGCGUGAUGAGUACAUCUUAUGGAGUGAUGGAUGCAGCUAUCAAAAUCGCAACAUAGUUUUAAGCAAUGCUCUGCUGAAGUUUGCAACUGAGAAGCAAAAGGUCGUUACCCAGAAGUACUUGGAAAAAGGGCAUACACAAAUGGAAUGUGACUCCAUGCACAGCGUGAUAGAGAGAAGACUGAGAGACAGAGACAUCCAUGUUCCAGCCGAGUAUGCCACGGUGAUCAGAGCAGCACGGUCCAAUCCCAGGCCGUACAAUGUGCAAUAUGUCAACCACAGUUUCUUCCAGGACUACAGCAAGCUGAAGCUUUGUAAGUCCAUCCGUCCUGGCAAAAACCCUGGAGAAUCAACUGUGUUUGACCUCCGGGCUAUCAGGUACAACGUGGAUGGUAUCAUGGACUACAAAACUGUCCAUGCAGAUGACUGGACACCUUACCUUCUCACCCACUCUUAGGAAGAGGAACAGUGACACCACAGUGCUACCACUGUACACAUCCAGCCUGAGAAUCAAGGCGCUGAAAUACAAGCACCUCCAAGAACUUAAGAAUUUCAUUCCCAAGGACUUUCAUGGAUUUUAUGAUUCACUUAACUAUGAGUGAUAUGCAUCACCAGUCUGCAGGUUCACUGUUUAAUGUGGAGUUGGCUCAUGUGUGUACAUUAAAAAAAAAAAAAAAAAAAAGCCACAGACCAUUUUCUUGAGUCUGACUGU